CUGCGCGGCCGUCGCUGCUGCCCGCGCUCGUGCCACCACCGCCACCGCCAGCGCCGCCGCCGCCGCCGCCGCCGGUUACGCCAGCCCCGCCGCCGCCCGCUCUGAUUCUGCGCAUAGGCAGCCCCCAAGCCUGUCAUUCUGCAAAAACACAGUUUACUCAACACACCACACACACUCGCACACACACGCGCGCACACACGCGCGCACUGCCCCUCGCGCGCACACGCACGGAGGGCGCGAGCGAGCAGACGCGCACACCCGGCGAGCCAAGUUCCGCAGCCUGGCAUGGCUUCUGGGGACCUUUACGAGGUUGAAAGGAUUGUGGACAAGAGGAAGAACAAGAAAGGAAAAUGGGAGUAUCUUAUCCGAUGGAAAGGAUACGGGAGCACGGAGGACACGUGGGAGCCAGAGCACCACCUCCUGCACUGUGAGGAGUUCAUUGAUGAGUUCAAUGGGCUGCACGUGAACAAGGACAAGCGUGUCAAGUCAGGGAAGCAGUCAGGCACCUCCAAGCUCCUGCGCGACACCCGGGGCCCGGUGGUGGAGAAACUCUCCCACAGGCCCUCAGAGCCUAGCAAGAGCAAAGGGACUUCCCACAAGCGGAAGCGAAUCAACCCUCCCCUGUCCAAGCCCAAGAAGGGGUAUUCAGGCAAGCCUCCUGGGGGUGGUGACAGAGCCGCCAAGACAGUGUCUUACAGGACUACCCCCAGUGGCUUGCAAAUCAUGCCCCUGAAGAAGGCCCAGAAUGGCUUGGAAAAUGGGGACGCUGGCUCUGAGAAGGAGGAGAGGCACUUUGGAAAUGGAUCCCACCAGCCAGACUUGGAUUUGAACGACCAUGAUGGAGAGCGGGAUGCAGGCGACUGUGAUGGGGCCUCCUCCGCGCUGCUGGAGAAUGGGCUUGGUUCUGCUCUGACCAACGGCAGCCUGAACCUGCACAGCUCUGUGAAGAGGAAGCUGGAGGCGGAGAAGGACUAUGUCUUUGACAAGAGGCUCAGGUAUAGCGUCCGUCAGAAUGAAAGCAACUGUCGGUUUCGAGACAUUGUCGUACGGAAGGAGGAGGGGUUCACGCACAUCCUGCUUUCCAGCCAGACCUCGGAUAACAACUCGCUGACACCCGAGAUCAUGAAGGAGGUGCGGCGAGCGCUGUGCAAUGCAGCCACCGAUGACAGCAAGCUGCUGCUUCUCAGCGCAGUGGGCAGCGUGUUCUGCAGUGGCCUGGACUAUUCCUACCUGAUUGGCCGGCUGUCCAGCGACCGGAGGAAGGAGAGCACUCGAAUUGCAGAGGCCAUUAGGGACUUUGUGAAGGCCUUUAUCCAGUUUAAGAAGCCCAUUGUGGUGGCCAUCAAUGGGCCAGCACUGGGCCUAGGCGCCUCCAUUCUGCCCCUCUGUGACAUUGUGUGGGCCAGCGAGAAAGCCUGGUUCCAGACGCCCUACGCCACCAUCCGCCUCACACCUGCCGGCUGCUCCUCCUAUACCUUCCCCCAGAUCCUGGGUGUGGCACUGGCCAAUGAGAUGCUGUUCUGCGGGCGGAAGCUCACUGCCCAGGAGGCGUGCAGCAGAGGCCUGGUGUCUCAGGUCUUUUGGCCCACCACGUUCAGCCAGGAGGUCAUGCUACGGGUCAAGGAGAUGGCAUCUUGCAGCGCCGUGGUGUUAGAGGAGUCCAAAUGUCUGGUUCGGAGCUUCUUGAAGUCAGUGCUGGAAGAUGUGAACGAGAAGGAGUGCCUCAUGCUGAAGCAGCUCUGGAGCUCUUCCAAAGGCCUGGAUUCCCUAUUCAGCUACCUGCAGGACAAAAUCUACGAGGUCUGAAGGGCUCCAACAUACCUGCCCCACGCUCAAGGGCACCUGAGCCUUCCAACUUGGCCCUGCGUUUCUGGCCAUUGGAGACCAGGGUCUACCCUGGCCAAGAGCUCAUCAGGGUGUCUCUUUACACCUAGGGUUGUUUCCAUUCCUUGUGUUCUUUGGUUGUUCCUCAUUGGUUUGAUUUCGUAUAAUAGUGGGAAACGCAGCCCACAUGGCCUCCUCACAUCUCUGUCCAAAUUGGCCCCAGAGCUCUCGAGGGCUACAUCUUCCCAGGGCUCUGCCAGGUUCCACUGUCCUUCUCCACAUUGAAAUGCACCACCAUGGUCCAGGAGGGACAGACUGCUCCCCCCAUCCUACUGACUCGGGCUGUGUCUACAUAGCGCCUCUGAUUUGCAGAUGAGCCCAUUCUGGCUCUCUGGUCUAAGGGUAGAUCUGAUGCCAGGAAACCUUGGGAAUCCACAGACCAAUGAGCAGGCAACUGUGUAGACCCGGCUUCAGUCUCCUCUCUGAUGCAACUCUCUGUGACAAUUAGGGCUUGGUCUUAAAACCCAACUGAGUGAUUUGCAAACCCAGAUAUUGUACAUUUAGAAAGGUUUUGUUAAAUAUAUAUUUUUAAAACAAUGUAAGUGGAAAUUCUGAUAAUUUAUGUGUAUUAUAUGUAAAGCUAGUUUUGCAAAAACAUGAACUACUAGGAAACUGUUUUUCUU